AUGCCUUCUCUCAUCAAGUUCGCGGCCGCCGCCCUCGCUGUGGCUCAGGCUUCUGCUCAGACUUACACUACUUGCAACCCGCUUGACAAGACUUGCCCCGCUGACAAGGGUACCACUGUCGGAACUCAGACCUUCGACUUCACUCAGAGCUUGGAUCAGUGGACUACCACUGCCGGCACUGUCGAUACCGGCUCCAAUGGUGCCGUCUUCACCGUCGCCAAACAGGGUGAUGCCCCUACUAUUGAGACCGACUUCUACAUCUUCUUCGGUGAGGUUUCGGUCGUCAUGAAGGCUGCCCCUGGUACCGGUAUCGUCAGCUCUCUCGUUUUUGAAUCUGAUGAUCUUGAUGAGAUCGAUUGGGAGGCCCUCGGAGGUGAUUCCACCACCAUUGAGACCAACUACUUCGGCAAGGGUGAUACCACCACCUACAACCGUGCUACCUGGGACGCUGUUUCCGACCCCCAGGACACCUGGCACACCUACACCGUCUCUUGGCAGAAGGAUGCCACAACCUGGUCCAUUGAUGGCAACGUCGUCCGUACCUUGACCUACGACGAUGCUACCAGCGGAACUCGUUACCCCCAGACCCCCAUGCGUAUCCGCAUCGGUAUCUGGGCUGGUGGUGACCCCACCAACGGCGAGGGUACCAUUGAGUGGGCUGGCGGCGAGACUGACUACUCUGAUGCUCCCUUCAGCAUGUACGUUAAGUCCGUGUCCAUCACCAACGCCAACCCUGCCGAGUCCUACACCUACAGCGAUACCACCGGCUCCAUGGACAGCAUUGUUCUCGGCGGUGCCGCUGCCCUCAGCCAGACUGACAGCACUACCUCCACCACCUCCACCUCUUCCUCCUCUAGCUCUCAGUCGUCUGCUACCACCACCACCACCACUGUUCCCACUACCUUGGCCACCACCACCCAGUCUUCCACUUCCACCAGCACCGCCCAGGGCUCUACCACCUCUACCACUGGCAGCAGCUCCAGCAGCUCCGGCUCAGAGACUACCUCCGGCUCUGCUACUAGCGGCUCCGGUUCCGCCACUACCUCGGGCUCUAGCUCCGCUGCUGGCUCGGGCUCUGCCUCUGGUUCCGGCUCCAGCACCACCGGCUCCAGCUCUGAAUCUUCUGGCUCCACCUCCGGUUCUAGCACCGCCGCCAGCGCUUCCCCUACCUACAACGCCGCUGUGAACAUGGCCUCCAACUACCUUGGACCCAUUUCCAUCCUGGCCCUCAUCACUGCUUUCCUCCAGCUGUAA